AUGCGAAACCUGUCAUUGCUGAUUAUCCUCAUCAUGGGAAUCCAGUCGCAGGAAAACCGCAUCAAUUGCAGGGACAAAGAUCGAACGGUGUCCAAACCAGAAGAAGAUCUACUGGAACUGGUAAACUCAAUCCAGGGCGAGAAUAUAACAUUGCAAUGCCACUACUGCCUCGAAACCGACGACGGGGAGCCCAAGAACUGGUUCAAAACGUACCAACCCGGCCUGGAGGAACCCAAAGAACUGGUACCCGACAUGGACAACGACAUCACCUUGAAUCGAAUAUUAGUUAACACCGACCACAGCCUGACCAUACGCCAUUUCAACGAGAACGACACCGGACUGUACUCUUGCAGGAAAUACCAAGACGAAGCAACCACCAGCGAAUUUAAUUACUUCGUUGAUUUAGUUAGUGUUCACAACACCACAGGUAAAGCAAAUGAUAUCCCAGUUAACGUCCUGUUUCUGCUACAUAUAACAAUAGAUGUCACAUCCGGCAACCUGACUCAAUGGAGCAAGUACCACGACGAGAACCUAUCGCCCAUCAACGUGCUCUUCGACACCUCCAUGGGCACCGAGUACCUGAAAGCCCGCGACGAGCUGAAAUUGUCGAUGGAGGCGAUGACGCGCUGGUCGAAGUGGGGCCCGUGCGACGCCUGCGGUCGCCCCAAAGGCGAGGCGAUCAGGAAGCGAACGGGCGAAUGCCGGAUCAAACUGCGCAGCGCCUUCAACGAGACCAGAGCGCUGCCCAGGGACGAGGCGGUGCUGUCGAAGCUCGACCAGAUCUCCUGCAGAUCGGCGACGCUGGAGAACGUCUUCCCGGGAAUGAGCAACCUGACCAAGAUCGUGCCGGAUUUCGUGCUGAAGGAGAGCUGCGAGGCGGUCUGCGAGCCCGAUAAAGAUAGCGAGAACGCGGGUUGGAAGGUGGGCAAGAGUAAAGGGUUUAAAUACAGGAAGACGUUCGUGUUGGCGGAGAAUUCCCGGCUGACGGUGGUGUGUCCGGAGUCCACGUUGGAGAAUAAGGUGGCGUGGGAGAAGCGCGGGAAACCGAUCAAACCGGGAGACGCGAGUUAUCCGCACAUGUACGUUGAUGCGUUUAAUACGCUGUAUUUGGAGGACGUGACGUCGAAGGAAGCCGGAAAUUAUACCUGUCAAGUGGAUGACAUCAAAAUGCAAAGGAUCAAGGUGUUUGUUGUCACUAAAUCCAGAUUCUUCACCGGGGAACUCACCAGACACAUUGGAUACUUGGCGUUUAUCUUGUUUCUAACGGUUCCUUGUUAUGUGGGCGGUUUAAUAAUAGCUUAUUGGCGAAGGAAAACGUUCAAAUCGUACGAGGAAUUGCUGAAGGAUAACCCAGACGAUGCCGAAGCUGAUGAGUCCGCUGAAAGUCUAUUGUAA